AUAUCUUUAAAACUUCUAGUUCUAAGCCCUAAGGCAGCAAAGCAUAAGCUUAGCCUUACAAACUAUCGGGAGCUCUUACUUAGCUUUGAGCCUCUUUUAGGUGAAUAUUCAGGCCCUAACCUUACAAAGGUUCUUAUUGUACUUCUUGGUUGUAUAAAGGCAUUACCAAAAAAUAAUAUAACUGAGUACUGGUCUAAUAAGAAGGACUAUACUAUCUGUAUAAACCAGAGGAAAAGGGAGAUUACUUAUAUACUUAAGAAAAAGAAAAGAGUUCCCUGGAAAAGAUUAAUACUUACUGCUCUUAAGGCUGCACGGGAAAAGCUUGAUAAAUACUAUACUCAGACUUAUAACUCUUAUGGUAAUCUUUUUGCUAUUGCAACUAUCCUUUAUUCUCAGAAGAAGUUAAGAUUCUUUACUACCCAAGAAUAG